UCCAUUAAAUGUUCUUUAUUUUUCGUAAAUACAUGAUUGAUACGAUUCUUUGGUUUAAAAUACUACGCUUAGUAUGUCAAAUUUAUCAUUUUCUGUUUUUUUUUUUCGACUUUUUUUCACAUGACCGACUGAGAACAACAGUAGGAACUGUUUUUACAACGAACUUUGGCAUUUCGCUACCGAUGACACCACUGACACCGCUCAGCUAUACUAAUACUAAUAUUUUAGUAUUUAUUUAGUUUAGUAUUAAAUUAUGAUUAAUCGUAAAUAAAAAUGAUCCAAGUACGACCAGUUGAUUAGAGGUGCCAGAAACAUGAUUUUAACCACUGAAUUAUAGUUCAGCCACUUGUUCUAUACCGUUAGAUAGCACCAGUGGUAGUACGAUCGCGCUUUUUCAUAUGUCGUGUUUAAUAAACAAUAUUGUGUUGUUAAAUCUUUAAAAACAGAUUUAUUUUGUACGUGAUGGAUUAUCAUUAAACGACAUAUAAUGGUACAUACUCUUUUUCCAGCUGAUUGAAACAGUUUUUUUUCCAUACAGUUUGUGAACGCUUCAUAACCUAACAUGUGUCGUUCCGAGAAAAUAUUAUCAAAGAAAUGGAAACCAACAGUGAAAUCUUAAUGAUAGCAAAGGAAAGGUAUGACACAUUGGAGUAACAUCAUUCAGAAAUGAAAGUUUUUUAGUAUAGUUGCGGAUAGUUUUUUAUGAGUUGCCUACCUGUAUCAUUAUACUUACCAUCAUGUCGGGUAAAGGCAAACAAAGUUCCAAAAAAGCUAUUGUCAAAAUACGAGAGAGUGGGAAGACUAUACAAUCUUCGACUCUCACACCUGACACAAGCUCAGAGAAUACAGAGACAACAAUGUCUCUACCUAUUUUAAAGAUUGCAGAUAAUAAUCGUCUCCUUCCAAGAUAUACUAGUAUCUUGCAACGUAGCACAGAAGAAGGUGUAGGCAUGGAAGACCUAGAUACAUUGCAGUUAGAAUUAGAAAUGCUUCUCUCAUCAGUUGUUGUAAGACACAGAAUGAUUCAGGAAGAAGUAGCAAACUUAUCUUCUGCAGAGGAGCGUAGGGACAGAAGAUCCAAAAGUGGAAAAGGUCUUUCACUUCUUGACAAAAAAGUUAGAGAAGAGAAAUUGAAACCGAAAGAACUUAAUGCUAAAACCCAAUCGCCUCUACCAGCAAAACUUUUUAAGCAAAAAGCUGUAAUUGGUUUGAACUCUCAGGUCAUUCCAAACGUACAUGAAAUUUCAAGAAUAGAAGGCUCUAAAUCUGAAUCACCAAAGUUACUUUUACCAAAAAAUGACACUCCUAACAAAUUUUGGGCAUCGGUUGAUCCAUAUUGUACAGAUAUUAUGCCUGAUGAUAUUAAGUUGCUGGAAGAAUUAAUUGUCACUCACAGUGAUAUCAGCGAGUUCAAGAAAAUUCCUCCUCUAGGUCGUCAUUACAGCUUAAUGUGGGCCCAUAACGAUUUGCUACAAGAAGAAGAUGCAGCCAACCCAAAUAGGGAGAAAAAAAGAAGUCGUUCUGACAUGUCCUUGCUAGUUGGAAAAAAUGAUAAGAAAGCACACAGUAUAGCAGGACCUCUUACACAGAGAUUAGUUUCCGCUCUGUUAGAAGAAAACGUAUACGUCGCGAGUAAUAACACGGAUAAUAAACUUUUCAGGGAUAGCGAUCCCCCUGUAUUAAGAGAUCUCACUAUUCAGAACUCCAUUAAUUUAGAAUUAAGAAUGCAUAAAGAACUCGUAGAACAGGGAAUCUUAGAGCCAGAUGCACAGAAGAAGAGUCAGGAAGACGACGAAAUUUUAAUGGAGAUUAAAAGAUGCCAACAGGAACUCAGUGCGCUUUCCAAUCACAAUGUCACGCAAUUGAAGAGAUUGCUUAAUUUGGCUCAAGAAGAAAGCAAGCGACAAGCACUGAAGAGGAAAAUAACUGCGGCGGACAAUGAAGUGAUAGAACAUUACAAGAAACUUAUACUUUCAAAGCAAAGAAAGCUACCAUUGACGAAGAAAGAACAAGAAAAGGCGUGGGCGUGUCUGCGAGAGAGAGAAAAUCUCUUAGAUCAACUAAAUAUGUUACCACGCGAUAAUGUAGGGGAAUCGAUAGGCUUUGGCACUACUAUGAAUUAGUUUUUUUUACUGUGCUGUACAAUACGACGAAGUUAUGUAUAAACAUUUAAUAUUAUCGAUUUAACUUUAAACCUAACAGUGUAAUGUUCAUUCAAAGCUUUAUGAUAUACCAUAUUUUUUAUGUUGGUAAAGACUAGAAAAUUUAAAAUUUACCAAUUGUAUCGAUGGUUUUGACGUGUUUUGUUGAAAAGAGAAUAAUACAAAAAACAGUAGAAAAUAAUUAAACAGCAAAGUAUGAAUUAAAAAAUCAUCUGACGUUCAACUUUAAAUUAUGUUUACUGUAUCGAGUUUCUGCAUAUAUAUUUAAUAUGCAUAGUCUCUAAUGUAGAUUAUUUAGAUUAAUUGUUAUCUUGAUUCUACAAAUUAUUACAGUUAAAUUAACUUAUCAUAAUAAACAAAUGCAUUUGACCUACG